CUCGCCCCUCAUGCUGGAUCUAUGCUUGAUAUGUUGUUCUCCGUUCGCCAACCAUUAUGUAACCCUCUUUGUCGCAGCCUGUGUUUUACUCUAGAUGCGCUCGGUAGUUUUACACCUAUGUUGUUAAUUAUUGCAUCCUUGUUUUUGCGGUCUGGAUAUUUAGUGAGUUAGCGUCAAAAGCUGCACAGAUGCCUUGAGGCCGGAAAACGAAACCUGGCACACUGUGAUCCCUCCAUCUUCAACACCGCCACGGGCUACAACCCCAUCUAAAGGCUGCCAAAACCAACAAGCUGGUUCCACUGUGUCUGUGUCUGUGGACAUCAUGGAGACCUCUCAGGUGACUUUGGCUGUCAGAGGCGAAACUUCCUCAGGGGAGGUGAUUGCAGUUGUUGGUUCCUGUGAAGCUCUGGGCAGCUGGAGCUAUCUAAAAGCUGUAAUCCUACACCCUGAUGGGAAUGAUGGGAACAUAUGGACUACAACUGUCUCUGUGCCUAAAGGAGUUGUGUCCAAGUACCGCUAUCUCAAAGGCUUCUUUCUGCAGUCAAAGAUUUCAACCAUGGUGACUGACUGCCCCAGAUGGGGAUUGAGCACAGGUGGUCCCUGUCAAGUGAUAGUCAAUAUGUGGGAGACCCAUCAACAGCCCCGCACGAUGAGCCCCACAGAAUCACACCAAAAUAUUGACGAUGAACAAUUUGGAAUUCACAAUGGGGUGAAUUGUGUUGACUCUGGGUGGCUCACGUGCCAGACAGAGAUUCGCCUGCGUCUGCACUAUUCAAAGACCUCUCCGGUGUCUAUCACUAAGAAGAAAUACAAGAAGUCUCGCUUCAGAAUCAAGCUGACAUUAGAAGGGUUUGAGGAGGAGCACGAUGAUGAGGAAGAGGAGCAUAUUCCUUCAUCUUUGCACAAAGAGACCACCACUCUGGAGAUCAGUAUGAUCAGUGCCAGCGGCUACAAGUCGCGCCACUCACAGCCUGAAAAUGGCUACGCACUGGAGCCCUCCCUGUGGACCGAGUACAGCAUCCACAGCAUGGACCCGUACAACCUAGAGCUCACCUUCGAGUUCUUUGAGGAGGAUAUGAGUGAGCACGUAGUCCAGGCGGAUGGCCAUCCAGGGUAUGUGGGCACAGCAUGUCUCCUCUCCUCAUCUUUCUCGGAGAGCGGGAAGGACUACGGAGUAGCCACACUUCCCAUAAUGGGUCGAAAUUCGAGACAGACCAUCGGGAAAGUCAGAGUUGACUACCUGGUGAUCAGGCCCAUCCAUGGGUUUGAUUGUGAAAUGAGCUCCUCCUUCACCAAAUACUGGAAGAAAAGAAGUACUCUGAAUGUGGGCCACAGAGGAGCUGGCAGCACACAUGCAGCCAAGCACCAAAGAGUCAGGGAGAACACCAUAGCUUCAUUCAAAAGCGCUGCCCAGCAUGGUGCAGCCUAUGUAGAGUUUGAUGUUCACCUCUCCAAGGAUGCUGUUCCCAUUAUAUACCACGAUCUGACGUGCUGCAUAUCCACCAAGAAGAAAAAUGACAACAAGUCUCUGGAGCUUAUUGAGGUUCCAGUCAAAGACUUGACAUUUAACCAGCUGCAGCUUCUGAAGCUCGCCCACGCCGCUGCGAUAAAAGAAAAUCAUGACAAAGAUCUGCUGGAUGAUGAGGAGGAAAUCGAUGAGCAUCAGCCGUUCCCUUCACUCUCCCAGAUCUUCCAAGCUAUUCCGGAGCAUGUUGGCUUCAACAUUGAACUCAAAUGGAUCUGCCAGCUGAAGGACGGGUCAUGGGAUGGAAACCUCUCAACCUACUUCAACAUGAAUACCUUCCUCGACACCAUCCUGUCCUGCAUUCUGCAAAAAGGAGGAAAAAGACGCAUCGUCUUCUCCUGCUUCGACCCAGACAUCUGCACCAUGGUGCGUCGAAAGCAGAACAAGUACCCCAUCCUCUUCCUGACUCAGGGAAUUUCUGAAAAAUACACUGACCUGAUGGACAUCCGCUGCCAGACCACUCAGAUCGCCAUAAGUUUCGCUCAGAGUGAGAAUAUUCUGGGGAUCAGUGGCCACAGUGAGGAGCUGCUGAAGAACCUCUCCUACAUUGAGGACGCCCAGUCCAAAGGCCUGGUGGUGUUCAGCUGGGGAGACGACAACAACGAGCACGAGAUCAGAAGGAAGCUGAGAGAGAUGGGCAUCGAUGGGCUCAUCUAUGAUAGUAUCUGCGAGGAACAAGGAGAGCAGCCAAACAUCUUCCAGGUAGAGGAGGAGCACACCCUGCAGGAGGUCAUCACAGAGGAGACCUUUAACAGCUCCAGCUGCUCCUGCUACUCCAUUCCCUGCUCCAGGGCUCCCUGCGUUGGCAGCGCCGAGUCCGAUUCCGGCCUCAGCUCUUCGUAAAUGACUGGACCCCCCCCCCCGGAUGAUCAAACAAAACCAGUUUUGAUUGAAGAUUGUUACAAGAUUCAUCUCUUUCAUGCACAGCAAUGAGAGAAAAAGCAGUUAAACCAUAACCACUCCACUCACUUACAGCUUUAGUCUAAAGUCCUGCAUCUUCACAAAUGAUUUUUGUUAUUUAUGCUUUUUUUUUUUAUUGAAAUAUGUGGAUAUUUUGCCAAAACAUUAAGGUAGCCAGGUUUUUUUGUUUUUGUUUUUUUUUGUCAGAAUAGUCUCUUCAAUGAUCUAAAUAAUUGUGGAACAGGAUCAAAUUGGGAAACUCUAAAUCACAGUGGGCAUUUAUUUAACUAAUAUGUUGCAUCACUUCAUAGUCUAAGUACUCGUAUUGAUUGCAUGUGAUAUUUUACGGGUGCACCAAGUGUCCACGUAAAUUGUAUAUGAAGGUUUAUGAGGAUGUAGCAAUAUGCUGUUUUUCCUGUUCUUGCUGUAUAGUCUUUUCUGUGCAUGUAGCCAUUACCUUAAAUGUUGUUCUCAUUGUCUCAAACAGCAAUGAGUAAUAGCAACUGAUUGCUAUUUCUGGUUCAGCACAGAAAUACUUUGGGAGAUGCAGGUUGCCCUUAAGAAAUGCUCACCUCAGCCUGCAUGAGCGAUAUAUAUUUAAUUUUGGGUGAACUGUUGAAAGCACUUCCUUCUCCUUCACAUUUCUCCUGCUUAUUGACUUUUAAUAGUAAAUCACACGAUGCAUACUGAAUGUGCGAUGUCCUUUUUAUCUACUUGAUUGGGGGGAACACUGAAGAAUGUUUGUGACAGUGUGCGUACAGUACAUAUACCACAGCCUUAAGGUGGGAAAAUCAGGUUUGUUUCUGUUUCUAAAAAACGACAAUACCUCACUCAUCUAUUAGAAUAGACCUGAGUUGAGAUGUGUGUGUAUAGAAUGAACACAUUCUUUACUUCUCUCCUGUAAAUCCUAUUUAACUUCAAGGCACAUGUUUUUUUUAUUGCAUGAGGGAUCAUGUUUUAAUUAUGCUUGAAAAUAUUUCAUGACUUGCAUAUUGAUAUGAUGUAUUGGUAUAAAGCAAUGAGUAAUGCAGAAUGUUGAUCACAGCAGAACAAAUCAAUGUAUCUUAUUCCGUCUGUGUAUCUGCUCCAUCACACAAUCUCUUACAAGCUGAAUUGAUUGAGCCAUGCAUGGCCUCUGUAUCGGUAUGAGUCAAGUGUGAAAUAUAAAAUGCCACUUCAGGGCUAAAAAGUGUUAAAGGUAAUGUAAAUAAAAUCCAAACCUAUAUUUGUUUA